AUGUUUAUCUGGGAUUGGUUCACUGGUGUUCUUGGAUUCUUGGGUCUCUACAAGAAAUCUGGCAAGCUCCUGUUUCUGGGGCUGGAUAAUGCAGGCAAAACCACUUUGUUGCAUAUGUUAAAAGACGACAGACUAGCCCAGCAUGUGCCUACAUUACAUCCAACAUCAGAAGAGCUAUCAAUAGGCAACAUGAGAUUUACAACUUUUGACCUGGGGGGCCAUGAACAAGCUAGGCGUGUGUGGCGGGAUUAUUUCCCUGCUGUAGAUGCUAUUGUUUUCCUUAUUGAUGUUUGUGACACACAGCGUUUUAAGGAGUCAAAAGACGAAUUAGACUCGCUUCUCACUGAUGAGACCCUCAGCAACUGUCCCAUAUUGAUCCUCGGCAAUAAAAUAGAUAAACAUGGAGCUGCCAGUGAAGAUGAACUUAGGCAAUUCUUCAAGUUAUAUCAGUUGACUACUGGAAAGGGCAAAGUACCAAGAUCAGAGUUAGCAGGCCGUCCCCUAGAACUUUUCAUGUGCUCAGUUCUAAAGCGCCAAGGCUAUGGUGAAGGUUUCCGUUGGCUCGCCCAGUACAUUGACUGA